AUGGGUCCGGUGCCCCAGCAGGACUCCGCGGUCAUGGCCGGCAGUCUGACCCAGCACGGCUCCCCGAGCCCGGCCAGCUACAGCCCCAGCAGCGCGGUCCCGGGCCCGGGCCCCGGCCCCGGCCCGGUCCAGGUCCCGGUGCCGGUCAUCACACAGACCGACUCCCGGGACAAAUGGAGCAAAAAGAUGGAUUUUCUCUUGUCAGUCAUUGGCUUUGCUGUGGACCUGGGGAAUGUGUGGAGAUUUCCAUACAUAUGCUACCAAAACGGAGGCGGUGCUUUCCUUAUUCCUUACAUCUUGAUGGCCAUCUUUGGUGGCGUGCCGCUCUUUUACAUGGAGCUGGCACUGGGGCAGUUUCAUAGAACCGGAGCGAUAUCCAUAUGGAAACACAUCUGCCCCAUUUUCAAAGGUAUAGGGUACGCCAUUUGUAUCAUCGCCCUGUACGUGUCCUUCUACUACAACACCAUCAUUGCCUGGGCCCUCUUCUACUUCUACUCCUCCUUCUCCAGCAUCUUGCCGUGGACGAACUGCAACAAUGUGUGGAAUACCCGCGACUGCACCAACUAUUUUGGCCUGGACAACGUCACCUGGACGAAUUCCUCUCGAUCUCCGGCAGAGGAAUUUUACACGAGACACGUUCUCGAGAUCCACAAGUCCUCCGGGCUCAGGGACGUCGGGGGUGUCCGCUGGCAGCUGAUGCUCUGCCUUUUUCUGAUUUUCACUAUUGUCUACUUCAGUCUCUGGAAGGGGGUGAAGACGUCGGGAAAGGUAGUGUGGGUGACCGCGACUUUGCCCUACAUCGUGCUUUUCAUCCUGCUAAUUCGAGGAGCCACUCUGCCGGGAGCCUGGAGAGGUGUCGUGUUUUACUUGAAGCCCCAGUGGGACAAGCUGCUGGAGACCAGUGUGUGGGUGGAUGCUGCUGCUCAGAUAUUCUUCUCUCUGGGUCCCGGAUUCGGGGUCCUUUUGGCUCUUUCCAGCUACAACCCUUUCACAAAUAACUGCUAUCGUGACGCCAUCGUGACCAGCUUGGUGAACUGCUUGACCAGCUUCGUGUCAGGAUUCGUAAUUUUCACGGUGCUGGGCUACAUGGCCGAGAUGAGGAAGGUGAAGGUUGAGGAUGUGGCCAGAGAUAAAGGACCGAGUUUACUCUUCAUUACUUACCCGGAAGCCAUUGCUAACAUGAUGGGCUCGACCUUUUUUGCCAUCAUCUUCUUUGUGAUGAUGAUCACUCUGGGACUGGACAGCACGUUCGGAGGCCUGGAGGCGAUCAUCACCGCUGUGCUGGAUGAAUACCCGGAUCAUUUCUCUCACAGACGGGAACUUUUUGUCCUUUGCUUGGUGAUUGUCUGUUUCCUGGGCUCUCUUAGCACUCUUACAAAUGGUGGUGCCUAUGUGGUGAAGCUGCUGGAGGAAUUCGGAGUCGGAUGCUCCAUCAUUGCGGUGGGCUUCCUGGAGGCUAUUGCAGUUUCCUGGUUCUAUGGCAUCAAAAGAUUUAGCAGUGAUGUGCAGGCGAUGCUCGGCAAGUCUCCGGGACUAUUCUGGAAAGUGUGCUGGGUUGCCAUCAGUCCAGCAUUUCUGGCGUACAUCAUCGUGAGCUCGCUGCUGAAAGCGCCGCCCCUCACGCUGUUUGACUAUAAGUACCCGGACUGGAGCAUCACGGUGGGCUACAUCAUCGGCCUCUCGUCCUUCAUGUGGAUCCCCAUCUACAUGGUCUACAAGCUGGUGUGGACCCCCGGUUCUCUGAAACAGAGGCUGGCAGUGUGUCUGAGACCGGAGAGGACUAUACCCGACAUCCACCCCGACAACCUCAACAUGGCCGCUGUCCCGUGAAGAGAAA